GAGGUCUGCGCUUCGAACAUGUUGCGAUGCUCUCCGGCGCUCCGCUCCGACUCGGACCCGAACGUGAUUUGUAUCUUUGUAUCUGCGCGAGCGUCGACGUCGCCGUCGCCGUCGCCGUUGGCUCGGAAAUUUCUUUUCGUGUUGCGCCUGCGCACAGUUGGCUUUCUACCUUUGACGUCUGCGGAUUUGUGCGCACCCAGUGUCUGCGUUCUUUCGCGGUUCGGUUCGAUUUGAUUGUGGACGUGGACUUCUUCCACCUCUUCGCAGACAUCUACACAGAUAGAGAUACAGAUACAGCUACAGCUACAGUGGCGAACAUGUGAAGUGGCAAUAAUCGAAAGAGCAAGCAACAGAAAUUAGAACAAACGCACAGCGAAAAUACAAGAGAAAUAAGAAUCGCAAAAGAAGUGAACAAAAACGCAAAAUUUUAAUUGAGCUAAAAUGCGGCUAAUAAAUUGUGAAAAUGGUUGACAACGAGUUAAAGAAAUUGUCAAAUACAUUACAAAUCCAACUACCAAAAUCCCCAACAAAGUGCUAAAAGUGAACAAAAACAGUGCAAUAAAAAAGGAAAUACGCUAAAGAAAAAGUUAAAAACCAAAACAAAACAUACGAAAUACACAUGCAAAAUACUUCUAAAAACGCUGUUGUAAAUAUUUUAACCCGGAAAUCGUUGAUUUGUUUCAUUGUACAUACUGCAAAAAGUCAGAUAAAAACCAAGAAUAUUGGAAAGCAAUCCAAAUUAAACCACUAUCCACUACGGAACUAUCAUCCCAGAUUGCAGUGCUGCAAUUCAUAUCUAUAUCCCACACAUAAUAAACAAUCUACUCGUACUACUACCCGUUCAUUAUUUUUUGCAUAGUUUUAUGUCUUCCUCCCAUUGUUUUUGAUUAUUAUAUAAUUGAACACGGAUUACCGCAAAGCAAAACUUAAACAGAAAGCUCCAGAAAACAUCUGACACAGAACGUUGAUCAAUUUUUGGGUAUAUUUUUCAAAAUGCCUAUUAGCUGAAGCUGCAAUUUCGUAACAUAAAAACUUGGACCUUGAAUAGCGUAGGAUCUGAUAACACUCGGAUCGCCGGAAGAUUCGCCUCGAUCGCCCGGGUCCACUGACAAUGAAGUUUUGCAGCAUGAACGGCCCAAGUGAAUCGGAAGUUGAGAGCCUGCUGAUGAGUCCGUGCUGGGGACCGCCCCAGACCUCCGCCCAGGAUCAGUAUCUGCUCGAUGGACACAAGCUGUUGCUGGAGCACGACCUGGACUCCCUGCCCAGCGAUGCGGAUCAGAAGAACUCGCUGGACGUGCUGGACAAUCUGCUCCUGAACGGAUCGUCGCUGAAUGCGCUGUCGGAUCUAAAGCCACUGCCGCCCUUCACAGGCUACACGGGCCACCUGUCCAUCAAUGGGAUCUCCGGCCACCAUUACCAUGCCAUUGCCCAGAGGCUGCCGGAUGAGAGCAACAACAACUACAUGCAGAGUGCCUAUCACCCGCAGAACCAAUCGAAUCCCACAUCCACCACGCAAUCGAGCGGAGGCAGCAAUAGCAACUCCAACAACUCCAAUGAGCACAACAUAGUAUCCUCCUCCACCUGCUUACCAGAAAGUGUACUCAGCGGGAGCGGCGGAGGAGGAGGUGGCAACGAUGCCUGCCUGGCGGACGUGAAGCUCUUCGCCGAUAGUCAACUAGAUUCUAAGCUUUACUCCGUGGCCGAUAGCUGUGUGAUGAACGGAUCCGGUUCGGGAUCGGCAGCUAAUGGCAAUGGAGCCGGUCCCAGCAUAGCCACAUUAACGCCCAUCGACCAGGUGGCCGAUUCCCUGCACAAUUCCGGCGUCCGCAUCUACAAAGAUCUGACGGAGUAUGUGGACAUGAACUCCAUUGAUGAUAUAGCCGCCAUCAUAGGUUCCGCAAUUGCGGACACCACGGUGCCGAAUCAACUGGACAAGGAUGACAAUAACGAUACGCGGGACAGCUGGAUGGAUCUGGAUGCCUGGAUCGACGGCAAUUGCAUACAGCAGGAGUCGGCCAAGGUACUGGUCUCGCAGCAGGAUUCGCUGGGUGACUUUAUACUGCCACACAGUCCACUGCCCAUGCAUGCCAGUAGUUCCACGCUCCAGAGUUUACUGAGCCAUGGCUACAUGCCCCUGCUACAGAAUCGCCUCCAGAAUGGCCCGCCCAACGGCAAUUCCUCGGGCGGCGGAGGAGGAGCGAAUCAAGGAGCGGGGAUCAAGGGAGAUCCCCAGGCGCCCACAUCUACCUCGUACUGCAAUGAACUGGCGGCGGCCACCAGCAGCAGUUGUAGUCCACCCGGUUCGGUGGUCAGCACCACGGACAAUCCAAAUGGUCUGAUGAUCAAUCCGCGCUACUUGAGUAAUCCGACCAACAAUCAGGCGACGGGGAAUCUCCACCAGCAGGGUGGCUAUUCCAUGCAAGCAUCGGGCCUCUCCCUCAAGGAUAAUGGCCUGUGCUCGCCGGAUCUCCUGGGUAACUAUCCGCAUACGACAACGGCCAGCACGACGGGUUCGGAGAUGCGAACUGGAGCGCCCAAGGCCAAGAGAUCGCGAUCCCAAAAGAAGUCCAACCAGCAACAGCAGCAGCAGCAACAGCAACAACAGCAGCAGGGCGAGGGCGGUGGACCACCCACCACGCCCCAAAUGAGCGCCAUUUCGCCCAGCGGCUUCAGUGCCAGCGAUCUGAGUGGCCUGCUCGGCAAGGAGAAGCCCGUGCAUCGGUGCAGCAUCUGCAAUCGCGGAUUCCUCAACAAGUCCAACAUCAAGGUGCACUUGCGCACCCACACGGGCGAGAAGCCCUUCCGGUGCGACGUCUGCGCCAAGGCCUUUCGCCAGAAGGCGCACCUGCUCAAACAUCAACAGAUACACAAGAGAAUUGGGCGUGACUGACGCUCCUCCGCGAGCUUUAUGUUAUGUUAGCCGAACAACCAGUAGCAUCUCCCAGGGAGAAAUUCCAUUCCCAGCACAGAAAAAAUAAGAUCAUAUACUGAUUUGGCCGAAAUCGGAACGGUUAUAAUCAGCUUUCAGAAAUCACUUUGUGGACUUUUUGAAAGCUGCAUUAUGCUUACCAAAAACGCCAAAAUUCAAUAAGCAAAAAUGCCAGAAAUCUUUGUAGAUCUAAAAACAAUAAGGUCGGGUUUCAAAAGUGGGUAGUACCACCGAAGUCUCUAGGAUUUAAAAACUCUUGAAAAUGUGCCUAAGUGUAUGCAAUACUAUAUAUACAUACUUUGCAGCGUUUCAAGUGAUUUCAAAUCACUAAAAGCCUUAAAUAUUGUUUUCGAGUAAUAUGAAAAUUCUCGUAAAUUAGUAAAUUAUGUUUUUUUGCAAUUUGGUUUCUCCAAGGAUCUAAAUAGUCUGUCGAAUGGUUUCUCCCUGCGUUCUCUGUGUGUGUGUGUGUGUCAGUGCUGGGCCAGGAUAAUGUCCGAGUAUCGUUCAGAACUCGGAGAUUUUCCAGUCUAUAUAUUAAUAUAUAUAUAUAGAGAAACACUUAAAAGGUCACGCAGUGACAUACACACACUUUUUGAUAUUCGUUGUUGUUGGUUGCUUUUGAUCUCUUCGCUUAUUCGUAGUUAGUGAAAAUUAAAAAAUUAGAAAGAAAAAAAGAAACUACAAAGUAAAAACUCCAAGAAGGAUAAAGGACACUUUGUUUACAACAUUUUAUAGCUAGUAUAUUUGAUAUUUUCGUUCAGUACAGACAUUGCCCAGUUGAAAUUUGAAUAGCAUUCUUAGUGCAGUUUAGCUUGACAUCAACCUACUACCUCUUAUCAAGAAAAGGGUACAUUUUUCAGAUGAUUAGGAGUUUUAGUUUCAGAAAAGUUUAGUUUCGAAAAUCCAAAGAGACCACAAGCAAUGUAAGAACAACGAAGCGUCCAAUUGUCAUUCUGCAACUGUUGUUCUGUUUUGAUGCAGGGACGCGAACUUCGAGCAACCAAGGUCCUGGCACAGGUAAAUCAUUUAAUAUUUAAUAACAAUCUAGACAAUAAUACCAAUUAAGGACGGGGGAUCGAGAGGAAGUUGUAUAAAGUUCUGAAUGUUGUCUGUACCUCAUCAUGUUGAAAACUGAAAAAGUGUCGCAUACAAAUUACAUUUUAAAUUAACACUAAUCAAGCAGAAGCAAUAACAAUUUUAAAUUAAUUAAUCGUAAAAUGUACAAACCAAUGGAAAGAUGUUAUUUAUAAAAAUGUAUAGGCAUAAGAAUUUGUAGCGGGCUUGGCAAAAUAUUAUUCAUAAUAAUUAAUUUGCAAAAUAUGAAAACGUUAAAAAUCAAAAUCGAAAUCGAUGGAAAUGAUGAAAAUCGUUAGCAAUGUACUCAAGUAAUAAACUCGAUUUAAUUUAGCCAA